AUGACAGAAGAAAAAGCUGAAGCAAUCAAAACAAUGAAAUCUUCAGGUCUGACUACAAUGGACACUUACAGUUACAUGGCUACAGAAGCUGGAGGAGAACAGAAUGUAGGGCAUAAUGUUGUAAAUCACCUGAAUUUCUGCUCAAGGUUAAGAAUAGAGAAAAUUGAGGCUGGAGAUGCUCAAACUUUAGUGAACAUUUUAAAUCAGGAACAACCAGAGGAUCCAAACUUCUUUUUUAAAGUGAAGUUUGACAAUGAAGGAAGAAUUUCCAAUAUCUUUUGGAGGGAUUCAAUGAUGCUAGAACACUAUAGGAUAUAUGGAGAUGUGCUUGUCUUUGAUACAACAUACAAAACCAACCGAUAUAAUCUUAUAUGUGCUCCAUUUGUUGGAAUAAACAAUCACUGGCAUAAUUGUAUGUUUGCAUGUGCUUUUAUUGGGGAUGAAAAAACAUAA